CCCCGGCCCCCGCCGAUGCCGGCCAUGGUGGAGAAGGGCCCUGAGGUCUCCGGGAAGCGCAGAGGGAGGAACAACGCGGCCGCCUCGGCCGCCGCCGCCUCGGCCGCCUCAGCCGCCGCCGCCUCGGCCGCCGCGGCCGCCUCAGCCGCCUCGGCCGCCGCGGCCGCCGCCGCCCCCAAUAAUGGCCAGAAUAAAAGUUUGGCGGCGGCGGCGCCCAACGGCAACAGCGGCAGCAACUCCUGGGAGGAAGGCAGCUCGGGCUCGUCGAGCGACGAGGAGCACGGUGGCGGCGGCGGCAUGCGGGUCGGACCCCAGUACCAGGCGGCCGUGCCCGACUUCGACCCCGCCAAGCUAGCAAGACGCAGUCAAGAACGAGACAAUCUUGGCAUGUUGGUGUGGUCACCUAACCAGAACCUGUCCGAGGCAAAAUUGGAUGAAUACAUUGCCAUUGCCAAGGAGAAGCACGGGUACAACAUGGAGCAGGCUCUUGGGAUGCUCUUUUGGCAUAAGCAUAACAUUGAAAAAUCACUGGCUGAUUUGCCCAACUUUACCCCCUUCCCAGAUGAGUGGACUGUGGAAGAUAAAGUCUUGUUUGAACAAGCCUUUAGUUUUCACGGGAAGACUUUUCAUAGAAUCCAGCAGAUGCUUCCUGAUAAAUCCAUAGCAAGUCUGGUGAAAUUUUACUACUCUUGGAAGAAGACAAGAACUAAAACCAGUGUGAUGGAUCGCCACGCUCGGAAACAAAAGCGGGAGCGAGAGGAGAGUGAGGAUGAACUAGAAGAAACAAAUGGAAACAAUCCCAUUGACAUUGAGGUUGAUCAAAACAAGGAAAGCAAAAAAGAGGUGCCCCCUACUGAGACAGUUCCUCAGGUCAAAAAAGAAAAACAUAGCACACAAGCUAAAAAUAGAGCAAAAAGGAAACCUCCGAAAGGCAUGUUUCUUUCUCAAGAAGAUGUGGAGGCCGUGUCUGCCAAUGCCUCUGCUGCGACCACGGUGCUGAGACAGCUGGACAUGGAGCUGGUCUCCAUCAAGCGACAGAUUCAGAAUAUUAAACAAACGAACAGUGCUCUCAAAGAAAAACUGGAUGGUGGAAUAGAACCGUAUCGACUUCCAGAGGUCAUUCAGAAAUGCAAUGCACGUUGGACCACAGAAGAGCAGCUUCUGGCCGUACAAGCCAUCAGGAAAUAUGGUCGAGAUUUUCAGGCGAUCUCAGAUGUGAUUGGGAACAAAUCAGUGGUACAAGUCAAAAACUUCUUUGUAAAUUAUCGACGCCGCUUCAACAUAGAUGAAGUUUUACAAGAAUGGGAGGCAGAACAUGGUAAAGAAGAGACCAAUGGGCCCAGGACGCAGAGACCUGCCAAGUCCCCGGAUGACUCUGCAAAGACGCCCGAGGACGAGGAUGAGGCGGCUUCUGUCCUGGACGUCAGAUACGCGUCUGCCUCCUGAGAGACGCUGGUGGCUGCGAACACUGGGUGUGGACUGCUGCGCUGUGCAGGACAUCAGGUAUCACGACACCACCUCGCCAUCUGCAUUACUUCUGUGGACAAGCAGCUAUUACCAAAAAGGCACACACUCCCAGGCCUCUGGUGCACCUGCCUUAAUUCCCUGCUCGGUCCUUGAUGGCGGCACUACUUCCCAGAGAGCCCUGUCGCCUCUCCAACGCCGCCUGCUGCUGGGAAUCCCCCGCCGCACUCCUCCUGGCUCCCGGGACGCACCUCCGCAGGCGGAGCACUGAGCCCCCGAGACGCGCCUCCCGGUCAGCAGCUUCAGAACGGGCGGUCUCCUCAGAAGGCACGGCUCUGUUCCCGCAUGGCCUGGAGCUCUACUCUGUGCAUAAUGUCAUUUUCGGAGUGACUGAGACCCUGUUGGCCUUCUAGAAAGUUUCUCUUGUUCUUUCUGAGCAGCCAGUGGCGAGGCGUCACACUUCUGUGGCCGUCACAGUAUGUCGGCAGACUGCAGCGUGCCCUUUGUCGUGCCAAGGUCCUGAUAGAUCUCGCAUUGCCCCAAAUGUCGGGUGUCAUGAUGGUCUCUACGUUUAGUUGGCUUAAGUCUCUGCCCUCUUCCUCCCUUCCCGAGGGUCCAAAGCUUACUCACAGCAGCAGCCCUUGGGCGCUCUGGCUGGCGGGAGUGUGAGCCAGUGUGUUCUGCCUUCAGCUUUCAGCCCCAUCUCUUCCUGAUGCCCCGACCGCCACCACCACUCAACUCCAAGAGAUUCGGUCCCUGCCUCUGUACCUGGUGCUUGUACAUCGGACUCGGUGCCUUCUCCUCUGGCAACCACGUCACCACCCUUUUCUGUUCUAGCGUCUCGUUUCUUCUGUAAGGUUUAUCGCUUGCCAAAGAUGACAUCACUGAAUUGAGGAGCAGGGGAGAGCUUCUGCAGUUUCUGGCAGAGUGCACAUUUUAAAUGUGUGUGAGCUCAGUAAGUGCUGUUAGAAUCGCUGGGGAUGGUUUUAUAAAGCUCUGUGUGGACUGCACCCGUCGCCCCUGGUCUGCCUGGCCUGCUGUGUGCCCUCCGUGUGUCCUUCAUGUUCGAUGUGAUCACACCACACCUCCCCUCUCUUCUAGUACUAGCACAGGAAAGAGAAGUGAUCGAUGUGUCGGUCUCACAACAGCACGAUGAAGACUCUACAAAGUGGUAUGGGAUGCCUUUUGGUUGGACUGGGAACACGUAGAAUUUUCUGGUAAAUGUGAGACACCCAGCGUCACCUCUGCUCUCAGACCGUGGGCCUGCCGAGGGGUUGUGUGUGGAGCACACAUCCCACCGUAGCCCGCCCCGCACUCAGUGUGUUGAAGUAGCUUUUGUUGUUUGCAUCAAAUACUUUUUUCUGCUUUCAAUACCAAAAAGAAAAAAAUGCAGAUGCUUUAAGGCAUAACCAGAAUUCUCAAGAAUUUUAAAUAUGCAAUUAGAUGUGCUGUGUUUUGACUCCACGCACCUUGCUUUUUGUUUUUAUAAGUCAGCUGAUUUUCUCUUUAGAAAGAGGGCCAGCUAGCAGAAACCUUAAGUUUUUCGGAAUUGUGCAUUCUUUUUUAGAAGUUUGGAGAAAGGUCACUCAAUGGGGGAGGACAGUGGACUUUCCCGCCUCUCGCCACCUUGUUCCUGCACGAGGCGUCUGUUGGGCCAGGAAAACCUGUGUUGAGCAGCUUCAGGAGGCCCCAGCUCACUGUUCACACCUGGUGACAGGGUAGCAAGGUGCCACUAGUGCCGGGUAGGGCGGCCUGUGUCACCGGAAGCCUGCGGGGUGACUGAAAGCCGGCAGGGCAGACGUGGAGGGAACCGGCCUGCGUCAGGGGACCCGAAGGCAUGGACUGAAGCCUUAGGUCCCGUCUUGUUUAGCAGAAGCCUCCAGCAAUUGCUGCAGUGGGUUCCUCCCUCUGCCAGCAGCUGCUUUCCCUGCUCAUACCCAGGCUCUUCCCCUGGGGACUGGGUCCCCUCUGGCAGCACCUGGAGGCUCCGUGCCUGUCCCUGGGCGGUGUGGCAAGUGGAGCGACAGUGCCGGCAGCCCCCUGUCUUCUGCACGAUCCUGUCCUUGGCUCCUGUGCUGGAGCUCUUGAGAUCACAGCAGCCGGCUCCAGGCUCCCCGAGAGCACAUGUGGUCCUGCCACCGAGCGGAAGAGGUGCUGAGCCGCCUGCCUGCCGUAGUUGCUUCCUGAACAAGAUAGCACUGUGUUUUAGACUUCUUUUCUUUACACUGUCCUUGCAAUGAUGUAAAUGCAAGAAAUCACUUAGCUUAAAAAGCUCAAUGGUUUGGUCUUAUUUAUGUGAAGACUUUUUAACAUAUCAAGAAUUAGGUGCAUUGGCAGGUAGUGUUUGGGAUGUGAUAACUGCUUCAGAUGGAAUGUUCACUUAAGCAUUGUCUUCUUUAACAUUAUCAAUGUGAAUGUCAUAAUUAUAUAUUUUUGUGGGAAAUUUCUCCUAAGUUAUUGUGCAAAGUAUAGUAACAUUGACGCAAAUAAUAGUUUAACUUUUAGUUUAGAAACCCUAAAAGAUAUAAAUUGUGUUGCAUAUGCAUUAAAAGUUUGUUUUAUUUAAUUUUAUGUAGAUGUGUAAAGUGUUAGGUAAAAGUUUUUUUCACUUUUCCAUUUAAACACCUCGUUACUUGAAUAUCGUGUUGACUGGUCUGCGACAGUGAUCCGCUCUGUAACAGCUCGGGUGACACCAGUGGUGGCGCGCAGGCGGGGGCCGGGUAGGCAGGAGCCAGGGGCUAGUGGCGUGUACCCCUUGCCUUGUCUUGGCAGGUUUGUCGAGACACCAUCCUCACGGUGACUGUGGUGGCUCCGCCUGUAACACCCUUUGACGGUCACAAACUUGUAAUCGAAACACGAAGGUGAAAAAGCAAUUGAGUUUUCAAAGCUCGCUGUGGUGGACGAUUUUGUAGUUUUCUGUUUCUCUAAAGUUCCUCAGAUACCACACGCCACUGUCAGCGUGUUCAUUGUCACUUUAAAUUCCAACAAUGCCCUGUUUUGUCUUUCUAAGUAGCAGAUUACUCUUGGUUACUUGCACACCAAAAAUAAGCCGAACAGUGCAUUACACUACCUGGAUCCCUGCUUUUACGUGAGCGAAGGAAAGACGGAGCCAGCUUACACGAGAGCCACUGUUCCUCUCGUCCAGCCUGUUCCCCAGGACUCGGCUCCUAGUACCGAGCGCAGCUCCCCCUCGGAUUGACUCGCAGGAGCCGGCGACCUGGCUCGCUGGCCUCGUGCCGCGCGGCCGCGCCCUGGGUCUGCAGUUCUCCCAGAGUGCAGGGAGGCACAAUGGCAGCACGCUACAGUCAGAAGAAGGACGGUCAGUACAGUCUAUGCACGUUGUAAAUAGUGAGUGUUUACAGGCGCCGCCUCGACAAGAUCUACACCGGAGUGGAUAGGAUCCCAUUCUGUAGACUUACCCAUUUUGCUAAGUGCUUUUUAGAUUGCUUAAAAUUUUUUCAAGAUUUUAAAAGAUGUAUAAGGUUAAGUUUGCAAAUAUAAUGGAAAUGCUGUAUAUCUUUUGAAGUGAUAAAAUCCACGUUGGAAUUUUAAAGAAAAUACAUUGUAAUAAUGCCGUUGUAAGUAAUAUUUUAAUGUCUGCCUGUUUUCUACUUCAGCACAUUCAUUGUGGUGAAUGUUCAUAGCAUUAUAAUUGCUUAGCCAUUGAAUGAUAACAUUUGUUAGUGGAGAUUAGAAACUUUAUUUGUGAAAAUCUGCAGAGUUCAUUUUCUAUUUCCAGUAUUUGCUGAAGUUAAAUAAAAAUUUUCAAGCCAUUGCA